AUGAAGCGGAAUGGGAGUCGUGGCUGUGUGACGAGAAAGACCAGAUUUGGAUCAAGAGAGCGGGACUGGCUGAAGGGGGACGCCCAGCGGGGCUGUGUGUGUCUUUAUGGGGGGACAGUAGACCCCCAGCCACCUGCCUCUGGAGCACAGGCCUCCUCCACCCCUCAGACAGACCUGCAGCUGGUGCUCUGCUCCACCAGUACCAAAGUGGAGGAGCUGUGUGCUCAGAGGGACGGACAGGGGCUCUAUGUCCAGCUGCAUGGAGACCUAGUCAGGAGGCUGGACCCCUCUGAGCGUCCGCUCCAGAUGCUGUAUGACUACCUGGCAGCUAUGGGCUACACAGAGCCUGUACGAGUGCAGCAAGAAGCAGCCAACUCAGACCUCAGCUGUUUGAUCCGAUUCUACAGUGAGCGUCCUGUGAAUGCAGACCAGCAGGAGCGCACCCUGCUGAAAGGCGUAUUCAGCGUCAGGAAGGGCAAGUCGCAGCUGCACAAGUGGGCAGAGCGGCAGGUCAUUCUCUGCGGCACCUGUCUAAUCGUGGCCUCCGUCAAAGACUGCCUGACGGGGAAGAUGCACAUCCUGCCCCUGGUGGGGGGCAAGGUGGAGGAGGUGAAGCGGAGGCAGCACUGCCUGAUGUUCAGCUCAGCCGGAUCACAGGCCCAGACAUACUUUGUCAACUUUGACACACUCGCAGACUACCAGCGAUGGCAUCGGCAGGCUUCCAAAGUGGUGGCUCAGACGGUGAGCCUCGUGGACCUGUCCUGCUACAGUCUGGAAGCAGUGCCUGAAUAUCUGUUCUACAGUCAGGAUAUCACCCACCUCAACCUAAGACACAAUUUCAUGAGCCUUCAGGGGCCUGGAGGCCUGCUCAACCUCCCCAGGUUUUCUCAGCUGAAGAGCCUGAACUUGUCUCACAACCGUCUGGGUGUGUUCCCUGAGUGUGUGUGUGAGAUCCUCACCCUGACUGAACUCAACCUCUCCUGUAACAGUCUCCACACGGUCCCUGUACAGAUAGGCAACCUUCAAAGCUUGCAGACGCUGUCUUUGGAUGGAAACCUCCUCAGCUCCCUGCCUGAAGAGCUGGGUGGCCUGACGCAGCUGAACGGCCUGGGACUCUCCUUCAACAACUUUGCUCACAUCCCCGCUGUGCUGGAGAGGUUGAGUGCAGUGGACAAGCUGGCCAUGGCUGGGAACAGAGUGGAGAGUCUGGAGUUGUGUACUCUUGCCAGAAUGAGCCACCUGAAAAACAUCGACCUCCGGUUGAAUGGGCUUCAGUGGGUAAAAAGUGAGAGUCUAGAGGCAGUGAACCAGGUGACCCAGCUGGACAUACGAGACAAUCGCUUGGACUCACUAGACCUGAGCUCUGUCUGCAACCUGGAGACUCUACACUGCGAGCGCAACCAGCUGGGGACGCUCACACUCGGCGGCUUCACUCUGCGCAUGCUCCAUGCCAGCAGCAACCACCUUACCACCGUCAACAUCUAUCCAGUCCCUAACCAGCUGACACACAUGGACCUAUCACAGAACCUUUUGGAGUAUCUUCCGGACUGGGUGUGUGACUGCAGAAAGGUUGAGAUGCUGGACGUCACACACAAUCUGCUGUCUGAGCUUCCUUCUAGGCUGCUCAACAGCUUGAGUUUGAGAAAGCUGCUGGCGGGGAACAAUCGUUUGCAGAGAGUGCCUGACCUACUUGACCACAUCCCUCUGGAAGCCCUGGACCUCCAGCAUAACAAGCUAGCCGAGCUUCCUGAGAGUCUCUUUUCCAAGGCCUUAAACUUGAAAUACGUAAAUGUGUCAGCCAAUGCUCUGGAAAGUAUUCCCCCCAGCAGCCCAUCAGAGGAGAGCCUCAGCACACUGCAGGAGCUCUACCUGACGCGGAAUAACCUGAACGAGAACUGCGGUGCCCUGCUAGUGGGACACCAGAACCUCCGGGUCCUUCACAUCGCCUACAACCAGCUGCUCUCCUUCCCUGCCAGUAAGCUCAGUAAGCUGGAGCUGCUGGAGGAGCUAAAUCUAAGCGGCAACAAGCUAAAGACCAUCCCCUCCACUGUGUCCAGCUGUAAGAGACUGCACACCCUCAUCGCACACUCCAACCACAUCACUGUCUUCCCAGAGAUACUCAACCUGCCUGAGAUCAAGCUCGUAGAUGUCAGCUGUAACGAGCUGACUGAGAUCCAGCUGCCCGACUCGCUGCCUGCCACUCUGCAGGAGCUGGACCUGACAGGAAACAGUAGCCUGAUGCUGGAACACAAAACCCUCAACCUGUUCAGUCACAUCACCACCCUGAAAUUAGACCAGAAAUCUACCACAACUGCAGCAGACACACAGAGUACCUCCACUCCAUGGAACCACGGCUACUCUGAGAUGAGCGGACAAAGGAACAAGUUGUGUGUGUCUGUGCUGGCUCUAGACCGCUUCGGAGACGGUGUGGAAGCGUGCUAUGGCAUCUUUGACGGAGACCGCAACGAGGAAGUGCCUCGGCUGCUGCAGUGCACCAUGGGAGAUGUGCUGUGCGAGGAAUUGCAGCACUCAAUUGUUGACAAUGUGUAUAUGUGCAACACUUUCAUCACCUCACACAGGAAACUAGGAAUGGCUGGCCAGAAACUGGGUGCUUCUGCAUUGCUGUGUUAUAUUCACCAUGAGCCUUCAGAUCCAGGAGGCCACUUUAGCCUCACUGUGGCCAAUGUGGGUUCCUGCCAGGCAGUGCUGUGCCGGGAUGGCCGACCUGUUCCUCUCUCUAAGGUUUACAGUUUGGAGAACUGCACUGAGGAGAUGGAGAGAGUCAAACUCAGUAAAGCCAUUAUAACCGAGGAUAACAAGGUGAGUGGAGUAACAUGCUGCUCUCGGCUGCUGGGCUGCUCUUAUCUGUCUCCCUGGGUGGUCCCAAAGCCCUGGGUGCACACUGAGCCUCUCUGUUCCCGGGAUGAGUUCUUGAUCCUGGGUAAUCGAGCGUUAUUUGAACGAGUGUCCUACCAGGAGGCUGUGUGCACGGUACAGGCUGUGCGGGAUCCUCGCGCUGCUGCCAAGAAGCUGUGUUCACUCGCUCAGAGUUAUGGCUGCAAAGACAACAUCGGGGCUGCAGUAAUAUCCUUGCAUAUAAGUGAGGACAGCUGUACCUGUGAUCCACCAGUUUUGACUGCUGAAGCACGGGGCCCCCCUCCCGCCUCUGUGCCUGUGCCUGUGACUGUGACACCAGGUCCUAGUGAGCCAGCCACCAUUUCCUCCAGCAGUGGUCUGAUCACGGAGUUCAACAGUGAGACAUCAGCCUCAGAGGUGGGCAGUGAGGCGGGGUCCACAGCUUCAGACGAGCACCCCUCUUUUGGCCCUGCAUCCCGCCCAGAGAGACGCUGCAGCCUACACCCUGCUACCACCCUGUGUGGGAUCAUGGUGCCGGGCUCAGUCGGUGCAGGAACCCACCCCGGCCUGUUCCAGCGGCAGCCCUCCUGUGCUACGUUCUCCAGUAACCACUCCGACAACGGCUUGGACAGUGAUGAUGAAGCUCCGCUUGAGGGUGUCAUCUCUAAUGGAAGCAAGUUGGAGGUGGAGGUAGAUAUUCACUGCUGUGCUUUCCAACUACGCUCCAAAGACUUCAACCUUGAAAAGCAAAGCUCUGACUAUCCUAACGGUAAAACUCGCAGACAGAACAGUGUAGUGGUUUCUGCUACAAACGGCUGCUUGCUUGCUGUGUGUGGGAGAGAGAUCGCAGACCUCAAAAAGUCUCCUUCUACCUCCAGCCUGUUUGGGAAGAAGCUGUCCAAUGGCUCUGUUGUGGCCCCCGAGGACAGUCAUAAUCUCAUUGAGGUGGCACUGGAGGCUCCAAAGAAGAAAUCUGGCUACUUCACUGCGCCAGCACAGCAGGACCCGGAGGAUCAGCUCAUUGUGCCUCCGAGUCUGGAGCAGGAAGUCAGGGAGCAGCUGAGAGGCCAGAGCCCCCUAGUCUCAGCCCCCCCCUUACCAUCCAUACCUCCUUCCUUAAAAGACCCUGUGUGGGAUCAUCCACACCCUCCUGCAUUUGCCUCCAACCUGGUCCCAGGUCCAGGCCCAGUCUCCAUCCUACAGCAGGAAGUCUACGAUACCGCCCUCUAGAGGGGGGGACACAGCACAGCGCCAUGUGGCUAGGAUAAUGUGAUAGUGCCAUUCCAGUGAAUAAGAGGAGAUGUUUCUCAUACGAUGCAGACAUUCCAAUUCAAGUUGCCAUUCAGAUCUUUUGUGAGGACAAAACUGUGGGGUCAUGUGCUCAGUCUGAGUAAAAAAAUAGGGAUGACCCAAAUCCAAGUUCAUAACAUGAUGUUGUGAAGAGGAUGGCUGGCUAUCAUUGACCAAAAGACUGGAAAACCUCAUGUUCAAAUAUGUCAGCAACAUUUCCCUUUACUUGGAAAGCAAGCAAUCUAGAGUGUGUGUGUGGGAGAUUGUGUUCAGUGAGGUCAAAUCUCCUCUCCAUGGGCGUGUGGUCUCUCAUGUCCUGGAGAGAAGCCCUGUGACUGAAACUUGAAAAAAGUGCCUACUGCAGAAGACACACCUCCAGGCUGUGUUUGGGGAUGUGUUAGUUACAUUUUAGAGGACGGACAGUGUCUCCAAGAGACCAGCACUGGUACAGCGUCUGCUCUCCUCCUCUUCCUGUGGCUUACAGAGGAAAUGAGACCGUAUAAAUGCUUAUAAGGCACAUAUGUCUAGAACAUGUGAAGACAAAAUAUCUGCAUUUACAUUGCCAUAAACGCUAUACGCUUUAACAUUCCCACCCAAUAUACAUGUAAUAGUUCCAAAUAGGAUAAAUCUAUUCUAUAGAGUACAGCAAAAACCUUAUAACAGUAUAAUCUUUGACAGUGCAUGAUCAAAUGCUCCCCUUAAAAACCACAUAGGAAAAUCAAAGUUUCAUUUCAAUUUAGUCAGAUUUAUAGUCAAUGGAUAGUCGACUCCAGGAUGUUUGAAAAGGGAAAAUCUGAAGUGAUGGGUAGAAUCAGUAUUUAUAUCUACAGUUAGAUAUGAUCACUGGUGAAAAUUUUGGUGUAUCCAAAUUUCGGAGGCUGCUACCCCGUCCUUGCAGGCAGGUUCAGUUAUUGACAUUUUCUUUACAUCUCAGCAAAUCUUUUUUCAGCUUUGCUAUCGAAUACACUGCCAACACAUCCAAAUGACUUUCAGGAUGUGUUAUUUGAGCACAUUGUAAACACACCCUAUUUUCUUUUAUUCUGUACAAUGUAGUCUGUGUACACAUGAUGUCACAAUGUUUUAACCACAGCUCUACAAGUACAUGCAGACAUAUGGGAUGUAGAAACAUGUUAUAUGAACUACAGUGAGAUAUAGCUGUCUUUUCCACAUAUUGCUAUAUGCCAUAUUCUGAUCUGCUUCUGUGGAGUUCAGAUAACACAGUUGAUAUAACAAUUAUGAUCAGUGCAGCAGCAGUAUAAGAUAAGUGGUCCAGUCCCUUACUAAAAGUCAGUAAAGCAUUUCCCCCCAUUCAAUCCAAUAGUUUUAUAAUAUAUGUAGAAGCAAUCCUACUUAUUUAAGCUGAAAGUAAAAAAAUACAUUUUAUUAUUAUUUGAGUUAUCAGGUAAAUAUUUUGGAGCCACCUCAGAUUGUCCGUCCCUGAACCUUCCCACCUUGUGCCAAAAGAGAGAGCUGCUGUGGUGAUGAGAAGGCCACAGUUAGGUAAUUGCUCAUGUCGAGCAUUACUACACUAUAAGUGUAUAAAUAUAUAUGUGUAUUUCUUGCUUGCUAGUCCGAAUCUGUAGUUGUGCAGAUCUGGCAUUCCACAGCCGUUGCAUAGCUGGACCUUUCUGUGUUCCUUUCAGCCUUAAAGUAAACACUACUCAGUGUUUUUGAGAGGAGAAGCCCUUUGUUUCAUCCCACUCAUGUUGUGUUUGUGACUGAGGUCUUCAGCUGUUGUUUUUUAAAGCAGCCCCUCUCUCCUUUCUUUGCUCUACAGGAAUAAGUAAGCGAUGAAGCCUUAAUUGAUCUGUGAGUUUGAAACUUUUCUUGAAUUUUGCAAGUUUUUGUCUCACACAGUUUAAAGCACUUUGUACAUAGGAAAUAGUGAUCUUCAGAGUUAUGUAUAUUUGAGUUUAAGAUAUAUAUAUAUAUAUAUAUAUAUAUAUAUAUAUAUAUAUAUAUAUAUACUGUAUAUAUAUAUAUCAGAUAUUGUUCAACAUAGUGUGCUGGGAUUAUUGUGGCUUCCCUCAGUCCAACAUAUCACCUCUUGUCUAAGAAUACACAGCCAAUAGAAAUGAUGUUAGCAUAAAGUGAAUGAUAUUUCUUUUACAACAUUCACCUUUGGGUGCGGUUUAAUGUCACAAGCAUUUCUUAUUUUAUUAUUUAUUUUUUUGUUUUCAAUGUCAUUUAAACUUAAAAUAAUCAUAUUUAUAUACUCAACAACUUGACUACAAACUGCAUAGUCUUACAUGACAUGCCAGCAUUACUCAUACUGAAACAUUAAUUGUUGGGUCCCUCUCCCGGCAGUAAAUGAGCAAAAUAGCAGUUAUUGUUUUUGGUAUUUACUCGAUACCCUAGUAUUGAUAUUAUGAUUAAUAAUUGAUUCCUUAACCUCUGGCAUACAUGAAAUGGAUUUAUUAAAAGCUUGUCUGUAAUAAUAACAUGAAACAAUGAAUCCAAUACAACAUGUAUGGUAAUCCACAGCAAAUAGCCGGUGUUAUUAUAACCAUGCUUAUUUAAAUGAGUUUUUUUAUUUAGAAAGGGAAAACAUAUUUUAUGAUGAGAGUAAUACUUUAUUUCCAGUCACUUUGUCGAUCAGCCUGUGUCUGAGAUGCCAAACGGCCAGGACUCACGCAGUGUCUGGUGUCCGGACUGAUGGCAAUGAAACACAGACAGGCGCUGCAGGUGAACCUGCCACAGGAGGAACUAUAAAAGCUAUAAAACAGAUUAUGAUUGUGAAUAAUAUUGGUCCGCAUCUAAAAUCAGUUAGAAGACUAAACUCUUAAUAUAGUUUGAUGAGGAAAGAUUUAACUUUAUUAAGGUUGAAAACAAAAUUGUGGGAAUUUGCUCCUACAAAUAUGCAAAGUGUCAACUGUAAAUAUAUAAAUGCUUCAUUUUUCAGUUCCUUAAUCUACAAAAAUCAUAUUUCUUAAUAUGUCUCUAAAUGAAUAAUGACCGAUGUAUGUGAGAUGAGUGUAGUUUGGGAUUGUGUGGGUAAGUUGCGUUGAUCUUUUAUUCUGUUUUGAGUCUGUCCUCUGCUUUGGCUCAUUUGCAGUGUAGUUCUAUUACUUUGGACUGCAUUGCACUGACCUCCAUAAUCACCUUGGUGAGUUUUUUGUACAGGUGUCCACUCACUGUGCAUUUAGUCUGUCUGUCUCCUGGUUGACACCAUGCAUUCAACCACUGUCCUGUCUAAUAUACAUUUCCAACAUGAAGUGUAUUUGAAUAAUGUUCCGACAGUAGACUUCUCAAUGUGCGUGUACAUAUGCCGACUGUAUGCGUAGAUACAGGUCGAAGGAGCACAGGGUACUGGUAUCAGAUAUUCCCUUUAAUUCUUUAAUGGAGGGGGGUCCAGUAGUGUAAUAAUCCCCUUUGUGCACCAAAACAGAGGGUAUGUGCAUUUCAGUAGGCUACAGUGUGUGUUUAUCUUAUUUCUUAACUGUAAAGGAUUAUUUCUUCACUGCACAACUUAACAAGCUCCCUGUGUGUGAUAUGUCUGUGUCUGCUUGUAAAAUGAAGCUUAAGUGCACAUGUUCAGUAAGUGUAUGCAUGCCUGUGUGAAUAAUGGAUUGACUGUAAUUCUGUUUGGGUAUGAUGAAUGAAACUGAUCCAAAAUGCUCCAGUUGUUUAACAUGUGACCAAAGUAGCCAUUGUUUAAUUUCACAGUUCCUUUCUGUACAUUCUUUUCUAGAAAUGCUUGAAUAUUUUUUUCUCAAUGCCAAGAAGCUGAUGUUUAUUUUUGUACUUCAUUGGUUCAUGCAAAUUUACAUUUCCCUCUCCGUUAUUGGGAUGAUACAGAAAUCACUCUUUAUGGUACUUUGUUUAGAGGCACUAAUUAAAUUCUGAUUAAAUGUAAAAAAGCAUGCCCUAAAUGGAAGUCAACAUAAAAGCCUACAGUACAUACAAAAGGUGAUUUAACUGUACACAAUGGAGCAUAUCUAACAUUUUCAGGAUUUUAUUUUAGCAUGCAGAUCAUUGCUCAAAUAAAGUUUAUGUUUUAAAAUGAGAAGAUGUAUUAUUUAGGAACAGGACUAACAAUGAGCACUUUUGCCAUGUAUCAGACAGAGCUGUACUCCCCCUGAACUUUGAGACUGGAAGCUGGUCGUUAUUUUUAUUUCAAAUGCUGCUAUCAUUAGUUUUGAGCAAAGAAGCGGUCUUUAAAUUAACUUUAAGCCAAGUAGCAAUAAAAACUUUUUACUGUGAACUUUUCUGUCUAGUGUCCAUUUUGCUCACAUUUUUUAUCAUGAUUUCAUGCCAAUAAAUAUCAAAAUGACUGUUUUCAGUCAAUAUAACAUAA